GAGGAGGAGGAGAGCGAAGGCCCUGCUGAGGCCCAGGAGCGGAGUUCGAGCCCGGCCCCUCCCCCUUCACAGACCUCGGAGGCGACCGCGCCAGUCGCCGUGUCGGUGCCAAAGAAAAAGCGACGGAUGAAGGAAUUGAACAAGAAGGAGGCAGUAGGCGAUUUGCUGGAUGCCUUUAAAGAGUCUCAGAUCAGUGACAGUGCCUCGGAGGCAGAGAACAAGCCCCCUACAUCCGCCCCUGCCCGCGAAGCAGAGGACACAGCCCCAGCCCGUCCCCAGGAGGAGUCGGAGGAGACGUGGGAGGAAAAAGAGGACAAGCUGGCCCCAGAGAAGGGCAAGGCUGCGGAUCAGAAGUACCGCUACAAGGAAGAGCAAUGGAAGCCCCUGAACCCUGAGGAGAAGAAGCGAUAUGACCGUGAGUUCCUGCUGGGUUUCCAGUUCAUCUUUGCCAGCAUGCAGAAACCCGAGGGACUGCCCCAAAUCAUGGACGUGGUGCUGGACAAGCCCUGUCUUGUUCCUUCGCAGGCCAACAAGACGCCUUUGCGGGCGCUGGACCCCAUCCGCCUCAGCGGCAUGAACUGCAGCCCCGACUUCACCCCCUCCUUUGCCAACCUCGGCCGGCCCGUCAUGGGUAACCGGGGCCUGCCCUCAGGGUUGGGUCCCCGCCGCUCCCAGCAGAGCCAGAGGAAGGAGCCCCGCAAAAUCAUUGCCACUGUGUCCCUCAAUGAGGAUGUCAAGCUGAACAAGGCUGAGAAGGCCUGGAAGCCCAGCAGCAAGCGUGCCUCGGAGGAGGAGGAUCCCGAGAACAUCAAGACGCAGGAACUGCUCCGCCGCGUCCGCAGCAUCCUCAACAAGCUGACACCCCAGAUGUUUCAGCAGCUGAUGAAGCAGGUGAUGGAGUUGUCCAUUGACACGGAGGAGCGGCUCAAGGGUGUCAUCGACCUCGUCUUCGAGAAGGCCAUCUCGGAGCCAAACUUCUCUGUUGCCUAUGCUAACAUGUGCCGUUGCCUUAUGGGGCUCAAAGUGCCCACGACAGACAAACCCACGGUGACUGUGAACUUCCGCAAACUGCUGCUCAACCGCUGUCAGAAGGAGUUUGAGAAAGACAAGGAUGACGACGAGAUCUUUGAGAAACGGCAGAAGGAAAUGGACGAUGCCAGUGCUCCCGAGGAGAAGGCCCGCAUGAAGGACGAGCUGGAGGAGGCGCGGGACAAGGCCCGCCGGCGAUCCCUGGGCAACAUCAAGUUCAUUGGGGAGCUGUUCAAACUGAAGAUGCUGACGGAGGCCAUCAUGCAUGAUUGUGUGGUGAAGCUGCUCAAAAACCAUGAUGAAGAAUCUCUUGAGUGCCUUUGCCGCUUGCUUACCACCAUUGGCAAGGACUUGGACUUCGAGAAAGCGAAGCCCAGGAUGGACCAGUACUUCAACCAGAUGGAGAAGAUCAUCAAAGAGAAGAAGACAUCAUCCCGCAUCCGUUUCAUGCUUCAGGAUGUGAUUGACCUCAGACGGAAUAGCUGGGUGCCGCGGCGAGGAGACCAGGGCCCCAAAACCAUUGACCAGAUCCACAAGGAAGCAGAAAUGGAAGAGCAUCGGGAACACAUUAAAGUGCAGCAGUUAAUGUCAAAGGACAAGAGGAGAGGACCCCCUGGACCAUCCUCCAGCAGUGGACGCGGGAGCCUGGUCGCGGAUGAUGGCUGGAACACGGUGCCCAUCAGCAAGGGCAACCGGCCCAUCGACACCAGCCGGCUGACAAAGAUCACCAAGCCUGGAUCAAUCGACUCCAACAACCAGCUCUUUGCGCCAGGCGGGCGGCUGAGCUGGGGCAAAGGCAGCAGCGGAGGCUCUGGUGCGAAGCCUGCAGAUUCAGCAUCUGAUUCAGGGCGACCGGCCACGAGCACCUUGAACCGCUUCUCAGCGCUCCAGCAGUCCACCCCUGCCGAGAGCCUGGAGUCCCGUCGCGUGGUGCAGAGGAGCAGCUCCAGCCGCGACCGGUCAGAGAAGGCUGGGGACAGAGGGGACCGGGAGUCGCGUUCGGAAAAGGGCAGCGACCGCCUGGAGCGCCCUGACCGGGGGGAACGAGGAGAGAGGAACAGGUCCGCCCUCACCAAGAGGAGCUUCAGCAAAGAGACAGAAGACCGGAGUCGGGAACGGGAGAAGCAGGGCGGCCCCGAGGCCGUGCGCAAGGUUGCUAGCAUGUCGGAGGAGCGGGACAGGAGCCGAGAGACGACUAAGCAAGAGCCAGCCCCUCCUGCAGAACCCCCCAAGCCCACACUAUCAGAAGAAGAGCUUGAGAAGAAAUCCAAGGCAAUCAUAGAGGAAUACCUGCACAUCAACGACAUGAAGGAGGCCCUGCAGUGCGUGCAGGAGCUGGGCAGCCCCUCCUCGCUGUAUGUGUUUGUGCGGAACGGCAUCGAGUCCACGCUGGAGAGGAGCACCAUUUCCCGCGAGCACAUGGGGGUCCUGCUGUUCCAGCUGGUGAAGGCGGGCACGCUCUCCAAGGAGCAGUACUACAAAGGGCUCCGGGAGAUCCUGGAGAUUGCAGAAGACAUGGAGAUCGACAUCCCCCAUAUCUGGCUGUACCUGGCUGAGCUCAUCACACCCAUCCUGCACGAGGAAGGCAUUCCCAUGGAGGAGCUCUUCAGGGAGAUAACAAAGCCCUUGGUGCCCAUCGGGAAGGCCACCACGCUGCUGGUUGAGGUUCUGGGCUUGUUGUGCAAGGGGAUGAGCCAGAAAAAAGCAGGAAAGCUGUGGCGGGAUGGAGGCCUGAGCUGGAAGGAAUUCCUGCCUGAGGACCAGGAUGUCAACAAAUUUGUCACGGAGCAGAAAUUGGAGUACACCAUGGGAGACAGCUCGGACACGCCGAGCCGCAAGGAGCUGACCUCGGAGGAGCUGUGCAAGCAAAUGGACAAACUGCUGAAGGAGAACUCAAACAACCAAAGAAUAUACGACUGGAUCGAGGCCAACCUGAGUGAGCAGCAGGUCUCAUCCAACACGUUUAUCAGGGCGCUGAUGACGUCCGUGUGCCACUCGGCCAUAGUCUUCGAGAACCCGUACCGCGUGGACGCCCAGGUCAUCCGCAGCCGGGCCAAGCUGCUGCAGAAGUACAUGCGGGACGAGCAGAAGGAGCUCCAGGCACUCUACGCCCUGCAGGCCUUGGUGGUGAAGUUGGACCAGCCUCCGAACCUGCUGAGGAUGUUCUUCGAUGCCCUCUACGACGAGGACGUCAUCAAAGAGGAGGCCUUCUACAAGUGGGAGUCGAGCAAGGACGCAGCCGAGCAGCAGGGCAAAGGGGUGGCCCUCAAAUCAGUGACAGCGUUUUUCACCUGGCUCCGGGAAGCCGAGGACGAGUCGGACAACAACUGA